CAUUUUUUCAUUGUUCAACCAUGUGACAUGACGUCAGUCGCAUGUGUACAACAAACAGGAAAGGAGCGAUUUUCAAGAUCGGCGGUAGGUAAUGUGUGUCGGGGAUUGGCAGUAAUGAACGGCUAUCGCAGCGAACAGGAAGAACAAAGCUCUACUGUCGGGCAGAUUUGCUGCCUUGUCGAAGACAACGACCGCUGUAAGCGACCAAUUAGCAACGCAAGCUAUUCUAAGCGAAUUCAGAAGACAGUUUCUCAGAGAAAACUGAAGUUGUCUUUGGACGUGAACGCAAGACACAUCUAUAUCUGCGAGCAUCACAAAAAUAUGAUUCAGAGCGUUCGCAGCAAGAGAAAACGUAAAGAUUCCGACGAUGAAGCGGACACAGCUGAAGUCGAUUUCUGUCAACUGCAGGUGAACACUCUAAGAAGAUAUAAACGACAUUACAAACUACAAACUCGACCAGGAUUGAACAAAUCACAGCUUGUUGAGAGCAUCCAGAGACACUUUAAACAGAUUCCAUGCCCUGAAAAGGAGACAGUCACUUAUUUUAUCUACAUGAUUAAAACUCACAAGAGCAAGUUGGACCAAAAACCAGACAGUAACUGAAGACAGAUGAUCUCCCUUGUGCCAUAAUCUCUGCAUGGGACUUCAUUUGAACUCAGAGUGACAAAGAUGAUGUAAAGAAAUAUGUUAAUGUGUAAAUACAAUAGAGUGUCCCUGGGGUUGUAGAUAUGUAUAGUUAAACAUUAAGGAGAUCAAUGCAAAAUACUAGUGUGCUCAAUCUUAAUCCUAGCAUUCUUUUCAGGGGUUUCAUUAAGUUUUGAAAUAGACAGCAAAAACUGCAAAGUAGGUGGCUACCAGUAAUAGAAGUUUUAUCAUUUCUCUAGUGUUGUUAAUUUCAAAGAAAAAAGGGAACAGUUUGCUUGACACAGUUUACUUGACACAGACAGCAAAUUUUGACUGUUGUCAGCUCCUAUUGAAACCCACUUCUUUUAUCUCAUGUAGAGUUAGAUUUGUUAUUAGUAUGUUACUAAAAUAACUGUGUUAAUCAGUGCUCUAAGCUAUGGCCAGAUUAAUUGCUAUGGUGAGGAGAAAAACAUUUUGGCAAGCAAAAUUGUUGCUUAAGUCUCCAAUUUUAUGGCCUGAAACACCAUGUGACUCUUGUCUAAAGUUUAAGUGAGAUAAUUAUUUAGACACAGUACUAUUGAUACUUGUUUUCUUCUCUAAAAAAUACUGCCUUGAUUGUAUGAAAUGGCACUUAAACCCAUGCACACAUUUUUUUAGCCAAGUCAAGUGGUGUUUUUCAUAAAAAAAAAAAAACUGUGUUUUUGGCAAUAUAGUACAUUAUUUGAUGUUACACAUUCUCUUUUUUUGUUUUCCCAUCUGGGGGCCAAAGUAUUUUUCUUGAGACUAGUUUGACCCUAGAUUCCCAAUUGGCAAUUUUGAAAUGUGGUUGGCUUGGAGUCCUGAUAACAGGUGUUGAUUAGAUCUACAUCAAUAUUUACUUCAAUUCAUAAAUAAAGUGAAUAAGAUUCUGCCGGAAUCAGAAUGUGACAUGCAUUGGUAGCUAACAUGAAUGUGUGUGAAAGUAAAUUAUUUUAAGUUAUAUACCACAACCAGUCACCCUAGUGUAAGGCUUGGAUGACACAAUACUGUCAGUUUUUCUGUGCUGAUACUGUUACAAUCGCCAGCUACAGUUUUAAGGAGCAGUAUGCUCCAAGAUUUGUUCUAUCAUGACAAACUUUUAAAUAAUAGAUGAAUGUUUAAUUUCUGUCUCACAGUUGCAUGGAUGGCAAUCAUUAUUGCUGUAACAUUCAAAAUGUCUUCAUAAUAAGUUUCUCCAUGAAUAAAAAUAAUAAAAGUGA